AUGGCUGUUCCAGAAACUAUCAAGGCUGUUGUCAUUGAAGGCGACAAGCCCGUCGUUAAGUCGAGUGUUAAAACUCCGAAGAUUGGCAAAGAAGGUUUACUUAUCAGAGUAAAGGCCGCCGCCGGAAACCCAACCGAUUGGAAACACAUUGCCUAUAAGAUCGGACCUCGAGGUUCGAUAGUUGGGUGUGACGUGGCUGGUGAAGUCGUGAAAGUGGGAUCGGAAGUGGAUAAGUCCGAUUUUCAGGUCGGUGACACAGUUUUCGGGCUAGUUCAUGGCGCAUCGGUUAAAUUCCCGGACAAUGGUGCUUUUGCAGAGUAUUCUGCUUUAGAUUCGAAGCUAGCCAUCAAAUUGCCAUUGAAACCGGCAAAUAUGUCUACGCUUCCAGAGGGCCCCGUCACGACGUUCGAAGCCGCUGCGUCGUUACCCGUUUCGUUGUUAACUGCAGGCGCUAUCCUUGAGAACAAUUUCAAGAACAAACAGGUCUGGGAACCCAAAGAGCCACAACACGAUUUCCCCAUCCUUAUCUGGGGUGGUGCGACCGGUGUGGGUCAGUUUUUGAUCCAGUUGGCAAAGCGCUUGCACGGGUACACCAAGAUCAUUACCGUAGCGUCAAAGAAGCACGAGCAGAUUCUGAAAGAGUACGGCGCUGACGAGCUGUUCGACUACCACGACAAGGACGUCAUCGAGCAGAUCAAGAGCAGAUACCCGGAAAUCCCGCAUCUUGUGGACGCAGUGUCCAACGAGGACACGAUCAAGCAGGUUUACAAAGUCGCUGCAAGCACGAAACCUGCGCGCUUGGUGCAAUUGACGGGCAUGUCUGAGGAAACCAUCCCUAAUGCGGACCGCAGAUCCAACGUGACCAUCGACGGCACGCUAUUGUAUCAAGUUACAGGACACGAAGUUCCGUUUGGCUCUGUGACCUUUCCCGCAAGCCCUGAGUACCGGGAGACCAUUAUCAAUUUUUUGAAGUUCAUCAGGCCCAAGCUCGCGAGCGGCGAGAUCCACCACAUCCCGAUCAAGGUCUACAAGAACGGGCUUGAGGAUGUCCCAAAGGUGCUAGAGGCGAUCAAGACAGGCAAGAAUUCGGGCGAAAAGCUCGUUAUAGCGCUUUAA